AUGUCGUCCUCGUCGCCCCAGCUCAACGGUCAACCUCUACGGUCAGCCAUGAAGACCGACGACGACAACGACAGGUCGUCGUCCUCCACCGCCCCUAGCAAAGUCGUCCAAAUCGCCGAGCCUGAGGCUGAGACCGCCCCGCCGCCCAACGCACCACCUGCUGAACACCAGGCUCAUCACAAGAGGCAGUACGCCGCCAACAUGGCCAAGAGACUGAGCGGCCGCAUGGGCCUCACGAGCUCCGUGUCGCCUCGUUCCUCCCCAGUCCUGGGGCCCUCGAACCCUCAGUCGUCUGCCGAGGACUCUUCAGCGUCAGCCGCAGGCGCCCAGCAGCAUCAUCAUCAUCGCCAUGGCCAGAAGCACUACUACGAGAGCCAGAAGCUGCUCGCUCAGAUCCACGACUGGCUGGAGCAUGAGCGCAAGAAGAAGGCCGCUCGCAAGAGCAAGACGUCACCUCGUCGCCGCUCGCCGCAGUCCAAGGUCAAGAAGGAGCGAUCGCCGGCCCCCGAAGCAGCAGCAGCAGCAGCAGCAGCAGAGCCGGCGGCACCUCGUUCUCGUUCCGACUCCCUCGAUUCUGACUCUAGCGACGUUUCGUUCGACAGGCUGCAGAAAAUCAUUGAGGAUAGCAUGGCAUCUAUGGGCAUCAACUCGGUUCCUCAGAUGAGCCCCAAGAUCAGCAGACGCCCUUCUGCCCGCCUCAGAAAGACGCAUUCGCGCAGCUUGCUUCAGAGGACGGCGAGCUCCGACACCGACUACGUUGGCGACGACGUUGUCGUGCCCACCUGCGAUGCCGUCCUCGACAACUCCAAGACGCUCAGCUACAGCGGCGGCGGCAAGAGCACCGAUGACUUGACCCUCGGCAACAAGGCAGACGACAAGGAAAAGGCCUGGGCGACGUUCAAGAAUGAGAUCGUGCGCCUGACCCAUACCCUCAAGAUCAAGGGAUGGAGACGGGUCCCCUUGGAUAGCGGCAACAACGUCAUAGUGCAGCGUCUCAGCGGAGCCCUGACCAACGCCGUAUACGUCGUGUCUCCCCCGGACGACCUCGAGGGAAAGACGUCCGGCAAGAAGCCCCCGCCAAAGCUCCUCCUGCGCAUUUACGGUCUCGAGCAUCUCAUCGACCGUGAAAACGAGCUCAACGUGCUCCGACGACUGGCGCGCAAGAAGAUCGGCCCCAGACUCCUGGGGUGCUUCACCAACGGCCGCUUCGAGGAGUACUUCAACUCCAUCACCCUUACCCCCAGCGACCUGCGCGAGCCCGAGACCUCCAGGCAGAUUGCCAAGCGCAUGCGUGAGUUGCACGUGGGAAUCGACGUCUUGGAACGUGAAAAGGACGAAGGCCCCGCCGUGUUGAAGAACUGGGACAACUGGCUGCGCAACGUCGAGAAGAAGAUUGCGGCCCUCGACGAGGGUGUGCGAAGGGGCAACAGCGUGUUCCGAGGCUCCGGUUACGUCUGUGGUGUGGAGUGGCAUCAGUUCAAGGAAUUCUACGACAAGUACCGCGAGCUAGUGUUCAACGCCUACAAGGGCCACCAAGGAAUCCGCGAGCGUCUCGUCUUCGCCCACAACGACACCCAAUACGGCAACAUCCUGCGCAUGCGCCCAGACGACGAAAAGUCGCCCCUGCUGCAGCCCGCCAACGAGCACAAGCAGCUCGUCGUCAUCGACUUCGAGUACGCGGCGGCCAACGUGCCCGGCCUCGAGUUCGCCAACCACUUCACCGAGUGGGCCUACGACUACCACCACGAGACGUUGCCCUUCCGCUGCAACACGGCGCGCUACCCGACUAUCCAGGAGCAGCGCCGCUUCCUCAAGGCCUACGUCGAGCACCGCCCGCAGUUCACCCACGGCGGCGCCUCCACCCCGCGCCUCGCCCCCGCCGACGCCCCCGCCGGCAGCACCACCCCGGCCCUCCUCCCGACCAGCUCCUCGAGCUCCAUUGUCGAGUUCAUGCUCGACGCACGCGUGCCGCCGAACCACUGGAAGGAGGAGGAGCGCCGCGCCGAGGAGGCGACCGAGGCCGAGGUCAAGGAGCUGUACGAGGAGACGCGCCUGUGGCGCGGCAUCAACAGCGCGCAGUGGGUCGCCUGGGGCAUCAUCCAGGCCAAAGUGCCCGGCUUCGAGUCCCAGGAGGAGAUUGAGCAGCAGGAGAAGCAGGCGCAGAACGAGGCCGCCGCCGCCCUGGGUGACGCCGACGCAAAGGCCGAGGUCCAGGCCGCCGCCGACGCCGAGGACGAGGGCGACGAGUACGACUACCUGAGCUACGCCCAGGAGCGCGCCUUCUUCUUCCUCGGCGACUGCGUCACCAUGGGCAUCGUCAGGAAGGAGGACCUGCCCGAGGACGUGCAGAGCCGGCUCAAGGUUGUGGAUUUCUAA